CAAAAUGGGGAUCGCAUUCCCCUUACUCUUUGUGGCAGUGUUUAUUUGCUGCCAUGCUAUUUACCCAGCUUAUUCUGGAGUUCCUAACGAUGUGAAGAAAAAUGUCGAAUCAAUUGUCGUUCAGCCUGAUCAGUUGUCCUGCAGCACUUGUAACUUGCUUUCGCUGAUAAUGAAGGAGAAGUUCGAGUCAGUCAAACGGGAGGAUAUGGUUGAACGAAUGCUCCAUACGUGUUAUAGUCUUGAGGUCUUGUCAGAGACUUGCGUCAAUAUAGUGUCCAACUACUUUGAUGACAUGUACGAUCUUUUGAAGGAGCAACUCCAGUCGAAUGACAUCUGCGCUGCUUCUGGCAUCUGUGCGGAGGAUAACUUGGCGACAGAGCCGGAGGAGCUGAAAUCUCAAAGAAAACAUGAUGAAUUUCACUAUGCUGAGUGCAAACAGAUUGCGAAACAUCUGCAUGAGACUCUUAUAAGAAACGCCACAGAAGCCCAGUUCAAGAAAAUGUUGAUGGGUGUUUGCACAUUGACUAGUAACUUUAAAUCUGAAUGCCUCAAAGUUGUGGAUCAAUAUUCGCAUGUGAUUUAUGGUAUGCUGAAGAACGACUUGAAUGCUGACAGUGUUUGCUUGCUCAUCGGAGUGUGCCAUAAGAAAAGAGAACUAGAUGUGGAUUUCACAAAUAAUGGUAAUGAACUACAGACUUUAGUGACCGACGAGGAUCCACAGAUGCCGCAAUGUUUACUGUGUAAGACCGCAUUUAGAAUUGCAAAAAAAAUAAUAUCAAAGCACGCAAGCAACGAUCAGGUAAAAGAUGCUAUGAAUCGUGCCUGCAACAAGUUGGGAAAAGUUUCGAAAAAGUGUCACGACUUUGUGAACAAGCACGGCAAUGGGAUUAUUCGAUUUGUGAGAAAUCCUAGAGUAAUAUGUUCAAUGCUAGGCAUGUGUUUUCCCAUUGGCCAAGAGACAAAAGAAUACGAAAUAGCUGACUCAAAAAGCCAAGUCUUACCUAAUAAUAUCAAAUAUAACGAGGAUGUACAGUUGAUAGCGGAUGCACUGACAAAGGAUUCAGAAAACUGUUUUCUCUGCAAAAAAGUUAUAAAGACCUUGCAGAACUUGGUUAAGCACCAUCAUGAUAUCAAUAAUGCUUUGAAAAACGUAUGUCAUAUGCUAAAGGAACAGAGCCAAAAGGAUAAAUGUCGGAAUAUGGUAGAGAAACACUCAGAUCUGAUAGUCGAUUUGGUAUCAAAGAAUGUAGCCCAUCAGCAAAUUUGCAGAACCCUAAGCAUGUGUCUAUUGUUCGAAGAAGAAAAUGAUGUUGAGUUGGAAGAGCUAGUGCCUAAAUUAAACAACGAACAAUUUGAGCUGGAGACGCCUCAGCCUGUUAUUCAAGAGUACACAAAAGGCGUACCCAAGUGUAGCAUUUGCAAAGUAGCGAUGAAGGCUUUGAAAGCGAUGAUACACCAUGGAGGCAAAGAUGAAAUUAAAAGGGCUCUGAGCCACGUUUGUCAUAAGGUAGGAAAGCUGCAUCAUGUUUGCGAGAAAAUGGUAAGUAAACAUUCGGAUCAGAUUGUCGAUCUCAUCACAAAGAAUACACCCCCUAAAAUGAUAUGCAAGAUGAUCGGUAUGUGCCACCAGUCUGCUUCACAAGAAGAAUCUGAAAUCGAUGAGACACUGUGGGAGGAACAGAAUAAUCAGAUAUCAGAUAUUGAUGUGGAGAUUACAGCCUCGCCCAAAUGCUUCCUAUGCAAGAAGGUUAUUAAGGCUUUGCAACAUAUGGUACAGCAUCAUGGAGAUAAGGGUAGUAUAGAAAGGGCUAUGCAAAAAGUCUGUUCCAAGUUGGGAAAAUUGUCAAAAAGGUGUGAUCGAAUGGUUCAGAGGUACGGGAAUAAGAUCAUUGAUCUGAUGGUGAAACAUGUAGCAGUCCAGCGCAUUUGCAAUAUGAUUGGCGUGUGUAAAAAAUCCAUUUCUAUAGAGGACUUUGAAGUCAAUGAGACCGUGCCCUUGAAAGUAUACGUCAGCGACAAAGUUGUAGUGAGCACGCAAUCGAAUAAUCAACAUGAUGGACUUACUGACCCUAAAGAAGGGCCCAUCUGCAUAAUCUGUGAGCUGCUGAUAGCCAGGCUUAAGGCAACAGUGGAUACCGAAGCCAAACGGGAUAAAGUCUUGCACAGCAUCCUCUACACCUGCUCAAACCUGCCUAAAUUUAUUCGCGAGCCAUGUCACUUCAUUGUCCAUGGCUAUGGUGAAGUCGUCUUAAAUUUGAUAAUGAUGGUAAAGCCACAUGAGAUGUGCCACAUUCUGCAGACAAUUAAUAAUCAGACUACCAGCGAUGGUCCUAUAUUCUUACAGGACUUUGAAAAAGAGUUAGAUGCAUUUCUAAAUACGAAUUGUGCUCUUUUUACUUAAUAAACUUUUAUUCCAUUCUUAGCUUAUUAAAUUAGCCUCAUAUCACUUUAUUCUAAAUGAUGUAUUUAUAUGGCAUAUUUAUU